CAGCCCAGUUUUCUGCCUAUGUUGUGCUCUAGCUCGAAGAAGAGAAGCUGUGAUCAGCCUCUGCAAGAGCAGCAGCUGCAUCUCACGCGCUGAUUUAUCAGGCCACAGGGUGCAGGCAGCUUUGCUCGCAGAAAUUUUUAGCAAUGGGAGUGGAAGGCUGUACCAAGUGCAUCAAAUAUCUGCUGUUUGUCUUCAAUUUUAUUUUCUGGCUGGCUGGUGGCAUCAUUCUUGGUGUGGCCCUGUGGCUUCGUCAUGAUACGCAGACGACAAAUAUUCUGUACCUGCAGCUGGGCGACAAGCAGGCCCCCAACACAUUCUACGUGGGGAUUUACAUCCUGAUUGCUGUUGGUGCAGUGAUGAUGUUUGUGGGGUUCCUGGGAUGCUAUGGCGCUAUUCAAGAGUCACAGUGCCUUCUGGGAACGUUCUUCACUUGCCUGGUGAUCCUGUUUGCCUGUGAAGUGGCUGCUGGAAUCUGGGGAUUUGUCAACAAAGACCAGAUUGCCAAAGAUGUGAAGCAGUUCUAUGACCAGGCAUAUCAUCAAGUGAUUCAGGGAGACCCCAGUUCAACCAAUGGGAAAACUGUUUUGAAGACCUUCCAUGAAACGCUGGAUUGCUGUGGUACAAACCUUGUGGAAAGCACGUUCACCCAGUUUGUCAGGGACGACAUAUGCCCAAAGAAGGAGAACCUGGUAUACAGCAACUGUCACCAGAAAAUUGAUGAGCUCUUCUCUGGGAAGUUGUACCUGAUUGGUAUUGCUGCCAUUGUGGUAGCUGUAAUCAUGAUCUUCGAAAUGAUCCUGAGCAUGGUAUUGUGCUGUGGCAUAAGGAACAGCUCUGUGUACUGAGAAGUGGAGAGCUGCAGGGGGAGGGGUGGGGAUGAUGGCGCUAAAGGAACCCCAAGUGCCACCACAUGACCAGGAGACAUUUCAACAAACGACAAAACCAUGUAUAUAACUACUUCCAAUAUUACCGUACAGUACUUAUCAUUUUUACUUUUUUUUUUUUUUUAAAUAAAUAAAACCUUCCCGUAUCCUUGUGGCUGAGUUAGUUACACAUCAGUUUUGUGUGGUAGUAAAAAUUACUGUACCAGCAAGUCUGGCCCUUUACCCUUCACAUUAUUUUGGCAAUGGUGCUGGUAUAGAAGAGGAACAGAGCAGAAGGCUCCUAGUUUGUUGUGAAGAUGAUGGACACCUUUGCCUUGUUUUUUUUUUUUUCUUUAAAAGCUGAUGUUUAUAAUAAUUGGAAACUGAAGCAGGGUUGUUGCUCUUCUCAUUUCCCACUCCCCCUCCCACCAGCCCAACCCCUGGCAUUUCUUAGUUGCUUACAGACAAAUUUGAUUUGCUGUUGCAAACUGAUAGAUGUGAGAGGCCAGGGUAUAGCCCGAUAGCUGAGAUGCAUCACAGAGGGACAGGGUGAAGAUAGAUUGCUUCUGUCAGGCCCAUUUGUUUUGCUAGGUACACAGGUGACUUGUUAAGCAAAGAGUUAUAAUUUUAAGCUAUUAACCUUUCUUGUUCUCCCCAGGAGGUUGCAACUCUUUUAAAUAAACAAAUUGACUCAUUCAUUUGGGGCUGAAAGUGUCUCACAGGGUCACAACCUGGGAGUGAGUUCAUAGGCCUAAAGUCUUCAAAUUCCAGAAGUGACUGAAUGCUUCUUUGCAGUCCGAUUGCAUGGAGUGGCAGGAGGAGGGGGUAACUUCCACUCAGGUGCUGUGUUCAUACUUUAAAUGAACACUUAUGUACGUAUGAUAUUUUGAAAAGGAUAAAAAAAAAAUAAAGGUAUAGGGUCUAGGCUAUAAAAAUCCUCCACAAAGCUUCAGCAAGAUAAUUGGAGGGGUUCUCCAUUUAUUUCAGAACUAAUUUUUAUAUUUUCAUCAUAGCUCUGUUUGCACCAUUUUGCUUACUCAAGGUCCUCUUGUAACUAUGCUGUCAUUCUCCCAGAAAAAUGCCACAUCCUGAUAGUUGAAAUACAUAAAUAGAUAAAGGCUAUUUUAAAAAUCCUUCUUUUUUAAACCGACAUGAAGCAUUGGAAACCAACUCCUUCAAGACAAGAAGUGUAGGAUUUAAGGAGGCAUUGGUUUAAAUACUGUUGUGCCCUCUUGUGCUUUGGUUGAAACCCAAGCUAAAUGUUCCCAACCAAAUGUGUGUGGCCUUUAUUGUAUGCCAAUCUAUCUAGCUAACAAGAGAGCUGUUGCCAUGUACAUAGAGGGGAAAGGGUGCCCCAAAUUCUGUGUAAUAAAGCUAGUAUGUGUCUCUAAAAGAUGCUCUAUAUGUAUAGAUAUAUAGAUAUAUAUUUUUAAGUAAAGCUUUUCCCUUACCCCUUUUGGCACUUGAGCUGGAAACUUUAGUAUCUUUCAGCUAUUGACUGAGCAGAAAGCAGAGUUACUCACCCCCCAGCCUGAUUAUGAUGUGAGAUUUUUUCCAUACAGGCAUGCUUCGAGCACCCUUCUGUUCUCUGGAUUGUGCUUUGUUUUAAACUUGCAAAUCCGAAUUGGGGGGAAGAGAACUGUGUUCUUCCCAGGCUAAUACACACCCUUCCAAUGUGCUACUAGUAUAAACAAUGAAGGACUCCUACAAUGAGGCAACUUGAUCAAUCCAGCGUCUUUCUCCCUCCCCCUUCUUGCCCCUUGCCUCCAUAGCAUGUAGGGGCUUUCAAAAUAUUGAUAUAUUAAAUUGUGCUAGUUCACAAUCCAGGAAGAAGGUGUCUCAGAGCCUUGAUUGAUUGGGCAUUGGACAAGAUGUAAUUGAGCCUUAGAAAUAGCCUUAAAGCAACACUACCCCGAAUGUCUAUUUUGCAUGCUUUGGAAACAAAAGCAGGUUGUGCACCAGGUCCCCCCAUUCCCCUACCCCAGCGUAGAUUUUUCAGGUUAUCUCCUUGAUACGUGGCUAGAUGUAUACUGUUAUGCAUCAAUCAAGCAUGUGUUUACAUAUGUGUACAUCAGGGUUGUUAGCAUACAGAAUGGAUGUGUAACUUGCCACCUUUUUGUCGACUGUUGAUAAAUGUGUAUAAAUAUGC